CAGGCCGUACAGUUUCAGCGUGUGCAUGUAGGCAUGCAUUCAUUAACCAAAUGUACAUGAGAAGCGUUCCCUUAUUGUUAGAGCUUAUAGUAAGGAAGAGCUUGUCGGCGGGUUGUACAAUUAGACGUAAAUCAGCAUGUUUGACAAGGUGCUGCUUCCCCUCGUUGUGCUGGUUGCAGCAGUGUUGUACAUGAGAAGCGGUCAGAACCUAACAUACAGCGUAGAGGAUCCCGAUGAUGUCUACGAUUAUAUUAUUGGAGGUGGAGGGACGGCAGGAUGUGUGCUCGCUAACCGUCUAUCUGAGGACCCUGAUGUGAAAGUACUGCUAGUGGAGGCCGGUGGGGUGCCUGAGGGUAACAAGGGCAUAGACCAACCAGCUUCGUUUGCGCUUCUGUUAAACACGGAGUUGGACUGGCGUUUUAGGACAGUGCCGCAAAAAUUCUCAUGCCAGGCCUGCGAGAACAAGCAAAGUAUGUGGCCAAGAGGAAAGAUACUUGGAGGCACCAGCUGUAUAAACGCUAUGGUUUAUAUCCGCGGCUCUCCCGAAGUUUACAACAAGUGGGAAAAGAUGGGAGCAGUGGGAUGGAGUUAUGAAAACGUACUUCCGUACUUUAAAAAGUCCGAGGACAUACAGAUACCUGAACUAAAGGACUCGGAGUACCAUGGUGUUGGUGGACCUCUUACUAUCACACAAUCCACCUACACGGAACUUGGGGAUUUGUUUCUAGAUGCGGCGCGGGAAUUAGGAUAUAGAGUUGGUGAUGUGAAUGGAGAAAAUCCUUAUGGAGUGAUGAAGUCACAGGCAAACAUCAGAGAUGGCGCCCGCGCACAUACUGCCAAGGUUUUCCUUAAACCUGCCAUAAACAGACCAAAUCUACACGUCAUGACCCGUGCCCACGUGACCAAGGUGAUGUUCGAGGGAAAGAGGGCGGUAGGCUUGCAGUUUAUACAUGGUGCCGAGAAGAAACAAGCGAGAGCGUCUCGGGAAGUAAUUCUCUCUGCUGGAACUAUCGGCUCUCCCCACAUCCUCCUCUUGUCUGGCGUUGGUCCAAAAGAGCAACUCAACCAGUUAAAUAUACCACAAGUCGCUGACCUACCAGUUGGAAAACAUUUGCAAGACCAUCUUUUCACACACUAUCCAGAAUUCUUCGUCGAUAAAAACAUUUCAGUUACAAAGUCAGACGUGCUGAAUUUCAAGGCCAGCGCUAAAUGGGAUUUGUUGGGAAAAGGCCCUCUAUCCACCAAUAGCGUAGAGGCGGUUGGCUUCUUCAAUACGGCCGGCCUGGAGAAUAAAGGCAUGCCUCCAGAUAUGCAGCUGGCCUUAUCCAGCGCUGGAAGUGGAUCGAUGAAUGCAAAUGUUACAUAUAACGUGCUGGGAUAUGAUAAAAAGUUAUCAAGGACGCUAACUAUGCGCGCCCAAGAGGACCGCCAUCUUUUCUCGUUGCUAUCAAUUUUUGUGCAACCU